UCACCUUCAGUGGUGAGAAUUCCUGAAGUACGAUGGAUUAUGAUUUAUGAAAAAAUACAACAUGUUGAAGCGCCGGUGCAGCGUCGGAGAAAGGGCCGAUAAAAGUAAAAGUUCCGACCGACGGUAAGAAGUUAAAAACUUUGAACUCGACAUUUUACUUAACGGUCAUUCAAGGCGUAGUUUUUAUUUAAGCCGGUGCAAAAGAUGUAUGGACCACAUUGAUCACAUUGCUUCAGUGCCACACUAUAUAUGUUGUCUUUUGAUACUCAGUGCUAUUUUUCCACGUUAAAGUGGCUGUUUUCUGACAUACAGAUUUUUAUCCUACAGUCUAGCCACUCUAGUAUCUGUAUGGUAUCCUUUAAUACUAUACGAUUACAAUAUUUCAAAUUGUUAAAAAAAAAAUGUAUAGCUGAUAUAAAUGUUCCAUGAUAUGUUUUAGCUUGUAGAAACUUUAUACCAACUUUUGAGAUCGUUGGUUGUAGUCUUUAAUUAUGCUGCUGCAUGCUGAAACAUUCUUUGCCUGCUUUUCUUAUGUUGUUCGUUUAAUGUACAGUAGAACAUAAAAGUAUCAUAAUCUGCCUCCUAUGUCUAUUUUAACUUUGCCUGUUGCAAUUUGUGUCCUUUAACAAUCUAGCAGAUACAUAACUGUAAUGGAAAGACUGAUUUUUGAUGGUGUAAGGUAACCCUUGAAGGUGAUGCCCCCUGUGGUUUAUUCACACAAAAGAGUGUACUGCAUUAUUUCCUGAGGCAUUACAAAUAUUACUCAUCAGGUGUUUCCAUGCACAACUGAGCUUGUUUGCCACAGCAUUUAGCAGAGUGAUAAAAUAGGAAGUGUGUUUGCAAAUAUCCAGCAUACACUCAGCAUGUGGGUCACAGUACAGAGAUAAAAAGAAAAAAGAAAAAAAAAAAAGACUCACAAAACUCACCACAACCUCAGAUACUGACAUAAAAGCACAUUGAAUCUAUAUCGCACAUCUCCUCCUGGGUCAGCAUAGGGUUUUUUUUAAGUGCCUAACACUACCCUGCUAACAUAACUGUUAUUCUCUCAACUGCAUUGCUAGCACACUUUGUAAACACUUUUUUCUUCUUCUCCUGGGUGUUUUCCCUUGUCUUGUCUUUGUGUUUCCUCAAAAAAGGCAACCACUAAAGCUAAUCUCCUCUCGCCACUGUCUCAUCAGCACUUUCCACAAUGGAUGUAAGACACAAUAAACAAACAGGGGAAAACUGUACCAAUAACAAUGGUUGGUAUUACCCCUAUAUCUCUGUAUCCUCACAUAUAGACAGUGCACGUACUGUGCACAGUGAGGUAUCAUGUACAGUGGUAAUGUGUCACUGUAAGAUGUGGCGUCAUUGGGGCCAGAGUCCUUACAUUCUGUCAUCAGCUAGCACCAACCAGGGGAGUAUUCACUUUCACACAAGGACAGUGCACUACUCAGCUGCACUCCACGACUUGACUUGAUAGCGAAAUGAAAUUUAAAAAAAACACAGAAAUUUGAGGCUUUCCUUUAAAUGGAAAAGUGGCAAUGAGAGACAGAGGUGACAGAUUAUAGUUUGAUUAUCCCCUUUUUACAAAGAUGCUCUUCAGAUAUGAAUGCUUGAGGCAUGACGUAAACUGAGGGGAUGUGAAAAUCACUCCAAACUGUAGGACUGUGAAAAGAGAGAGGAGAGAAAGAGGGAAUGAGAUGAAAGAGAGAGACAAAUAAAAGAGAAGACUUGCUGACUGAAGAGGAGAGGGGAAAAAACUGUGCCAGAUUGCAUUUAGCCCCAAGUGUUGAAAAAAAUUGUAAGACAGUUUUUCAGGCACCAAAGUUACUGUAGUGAUGAAGAUGGAUUUUUAUCUUCAUGCUGAUGAAAUGAGGAGAUCCAUAUUUAUUAUGAGGAAAGAAUUUCGGCUCUUUUACAUUUACAAUUACUUUUCCUCUGUUAAUUAGAUUGACGGACAGUUGCUUUGUGCGCUGGGAGACUCCAUUCAGAGCGAAUAAAACCCGUGUCACAUUAUAGUGGGCAUAAGAAAAACAGGGGAGAAUAGUGAGAGGCACAAAAAUAAAUGAUUCAAGGCAUUUUUCAUUUACUGUGUAAUGGCAGUAUAACUUUUAUCAGUUUAUCCACCCACACAACAGCACUACUCAGCUCAGCCUAUACUCACCCUUCAGGUCAGCAGAAAAUUGCUUUUACCCUAGAAUAAUCUGUGUGAACCUAACCAUAUAUUCUGUUUUUUUAUAUUUCCCUAUUUACUUCUUUUCCACCAUUAUACACUCCUCCAGGUUUCUAAAGACUUCUUCAUACUCUCCCUAGGAUCUUUUUUCUCUUCUUCAAAUGUCACUGUUCUCAUCCCUCUCUGUGGCUCUUAGCUUGGGGGUCGUAAUCUUUCUUUCCAUGAAAUAACCAAUCCAUUACACCUCUAACUAUUUCUCCAUUCUCUUCAGCUAUUCUAUAUCUUCCUGUGCUGCCUCUGUUCAUACUCCUCUCCUCUCCUCUCCUCUGCUCUACUCUCCUCUCCCCUCCUCUCCUGUCAUGUCUGUAUCCAUGAGGAACCCACCCCAGCGCCGGCGCUCUCUGGGUCCUGUCUCCCCCAAACGCAUAUAUAGAAACCUGUCCGUCAGACUGAGGGGUGGAGAGUCAUCUGCUGCUGGGGAAAUGGACACAACCAAGCACCUCGGCAAGUCUGCAGAUACUUACAAGACCCUGUGGGAGGCAGUGGAAAAUGAGGACACUUUGGCUGUACAAAGCCUGUUGUCUAGAGACCACACUAGCUGUGGUGGAGGAGGAGGAGUAAGCAUGUGGGAGAGAGGAGAGAAGAAAGAAAAGGCCUGGGAGAGAGAUAGGGAGAAGGGAGUGAACAGGGUGAGCGAACAGGGCCUGGUCCCUCUGGAUGUGGCUGCCCUUACUCAUAAUUCCCCUCUGCUCCAUGUGUUGACAAAGGCAGGAGCCAGGCAUAACCCUGUUUUUUGCCAACCAACAGAGUGGGCACUUAAGCUGGAUGCUCUGGUAGCACUGGCAGGUAAACGGGUGGAGGAGAGGAAGAAAGAGUUAGUGAAGAAGACAGGGGCAGGGCCUCAGGCACAGUCUGACGUCCACAGACAUAUCCGCCUCUGGAGCCUCAGGCUGCAACUGUACUGCCGGAUGAGAGAGAACUUCCAAAACACAGAGCUCCCUGGCCCUCCUAGUCAUGUGUCCAUAGUGGUGACCAGCACAUCCUCUUUGUUUGUGGUGAUCAAGGAGCCAGAAGGACACACCAUGGGGCUCAUCACCUGCUACAGAGUGGAAUGGAGCGCCUCAGCCAGCUUCAAACGUAUCCUUGGCUCAGCACAAGUUAUAGAGACCAAGAAUCCCUCCUAUAGUAUCAAGGGACUCACAGCAGGAGUGCAUUACUUUGUAAGAGUGAGUGCCUACAAUGUGAAAGGAUGGGGCCCGCCUCAGUGCUCUAAUCCAGUCAGCGCUGCCCCCUCCAGUUGGAGAGAGUGCACUGGUGUGAAGUCACAGCUCAGAAACCAUGAGGGCCUAGUGAGGAAAGUGCUGGAAGAUGCCAGACAACCACAUUAUAGAGGAUACUGCAUAGAGAGCUCUAAGCCCCAAAGUCCCAGCAAGCGUCUGUCUGUGUCUCGAGGCAUCAAACAACUGUUCCAAUCCGCCACCAAGUUUGUUCGCCUCCUACAAAGGGGCAUGUACUUGGCAACUGUGUUCUACCACAAAGAAAACAUCCUGGUGACAGCUGAAGAUCAGAUCCCACUGGUGGAGAUCCAUUGCUGCUCUACCUCCAUCACUCAUGACUUCCUUUGGUUUGCCAAGUUGUCCUGUGCAUGGCAACAAGUGCCCUGGCUCCAGCAGGCCCUUUCCUCUGCACAUUCAUCUCCCUCCUCCCUCCUUCAGAACAGGCACAACAUUUUAAGAGCCGUUUCCCAGCUACAGUCUUCCUUGGGAACAGUGGACCUGGGCCAGGUGUACUAUGAACCUCUGAAAGACCGGCAGGGCAACGUACUACUGGUGACUCUGAAGGAGUUCCCAAACCCUCCCAGCCUUCCCGACCCUCCGCUCCACUGGAUGCCCCUGGCCCGCCUAGAAAAGAACCGCAGCAGAACCCCUCUCCUGCCUGAGCCCACUGCCAUGGACAUGCUCUAUGCCCAGCUAAAGGAGAAGCUGUCCUUCCACAGGCACAGCGCUCAGUGGGCCCAGCCAGGUCUGUACGUGGGCAUCCUGAAACUGUGCAGCUCAGUGGAACAGAUCAGGGUCCUGGUGCCUCAGAGGUUGCCCAAUCUACUCUGCCACACUCGGGUCCGACAUAAUGCCCAUGUGUCCAGAGAGGAGUGGGCAUGGCUCCAGAGUCAUGUUUACACCACAGCCAAUGGCAGUGCUCAGACCCUGUUGAGCGGUGAGGACGAGAGCUUGAUGGAGAGCAGUGGGCUGGUGGAGUUUGUCAUGUCUCUGAGAGCAGCAGUCACACAUCUCCUGGCAAAGCUCAACAUCCCCCUCUACAGGGCCUACCAGUAUGGUGUGUACACUCGUGAGCUGCUACAGUUUGGAGACAAGCUAUCCAUGCUACUGCUGCUGCCUCCCAGUGAGGACUUCAGCUCCAGUUACUGGCCUCUGGUGGGGACCAAGGAGCUUGGCCUCACCAUGCCCCUGCAGAUCUUUGAGCUAGUUCACUUCUGGAAGUAUGAACAGGAAUUCCUGUCCCAGUACUGCCAGGCAUGGGUGAAGCUGGAACUGGACACUAAUCUGGCCCAGCAGGCUCUGCGAGAGGCGCUGGACACCAAGGAGGUGCAGGAAGCCCGAGAGAGGCUGAACCACAUCACUGAGCUUUCCCAUCGUCUGGAUGUGGUGUGGAGGGAUGCCCGCUGGAUUAUGGACUGUCUACAGUGCGUUCGGUCCAAGCAGUGGGUGGGGGCGGUACCUUUGGGUCUGGUGAUGGGAGGAGACCCGCCACCACGUCCUGAUGGCGAGGAAGAGGAGGAAAGUUUGACUGCCAGGCUCACAUGGCCCAAUCAGACACAAGCACAGAGAGCCCUUACAGAGAGUUUAGGCAGUGUGACUCCACCAAACAUCGUCACUGCUGAUGUCUCCGCUCCAGCAGGAAUCAUGGUCAUCCCUGAAGAGGCUGCACUGGUGUUAAUGGAGGGCGUCGCGAAGGGAGGGUACCCUGUGGACAUCACCGCCCAAUCAGCUGUAGAAUUGACAAGCCUAGGCCCGUCUGAAUUAGGAAGUGCAAGCUCUUUAAUCGAAUCUGGACUAGAGCCUGCGGAUGUUACACAGUUGGAGGUAGGGUAUACAGUUUUGGACACACAGGAGUCCGACAGCAGGGAACAGGACUUUCCUUCCAGCAUCACUGAGGUAAUCCGACCAAUGGAGAUGGCAGAGUUGGCGGACAUCUUGCCCACACUGAGUCUUAUUGAGGAGGAGACCCCCAGUGGGCCACCCACACCAUCAGUAAUGGAUAUGCUGGAGAGCUUUGGACUGGGGAUUGGUGAAAACAACACCUUCUUUGAUUUCGGGGGGGAUUCAGACUUAAUCAGUGGAGCUGGGUGUCUCUCACAACCCAACUUGCGCUGUAAUACCAGCAACAGUGUGAGAGAGACACACAGUGAGAAUAUGGUGUUACGAGGACAAGAAAUGUCGGCAUCUCAUGCCAUGUUAAGCGCCACUGGUGGUGAUGUGGAUUUUGCUCCAGAGAACACAGAGUCUCAGCAGAUUCCCAGCAAGGGAGCGUGCUUUCCAGUGAGAAAUAAGGUGGAUUGGGACAGACCCUCCAACAGUUCAUCCUGAUAUCAACUCUGCUUUGAACUGUCCACAUGCAAAGUUAAUAUAAACAGUUGCAGGAGUAGAUACAACUUCAUCUAACGCAUCAUUGCAGCUGAUCUAAAAAUGCAUACGGAAAAUGAAAUGACCAUCAAAAGAUUAAUUUAUGUGGUUUGCACAUUUCUGGACCUGUAGCUGACCUUUUUUAAUGUUGAGUCCAGUAGAGCUUCUUGUGUGCAUAAAAAUUUGUUAUAGUACCAGUUUUUAUGAUUUGAAAAUCCAUCACUCACUACAGCACAAAGCAACAUUGCUGCUUGUCAGCUAGUAAACGAACUCACUAAAAGCAUACAGCUCAGUAAAAAAGCAAGUGUUUUCUUUAGAGUCUAUGAAAAGCUGUUAUACUGUGGUUCUCUUUGGUUUACCUCUGUGUAUAUUGGC